UAGAAAUUAAUAUUAAGCCAGUAACUCAACCCAAACAAUGAAUAAUAAAACACAGUUCUUUUAUGUGUAAAUUCAUCAGCAAUAUUCACCAUGGCUGCAGAAGAGAAGAGGAUGAUACAUGGGAUGCAAGUUGUAUUCCCUUGUAAACCAUAUCCGUCGCAAUUCAGUAUGAUGGAAAAGGUGAUCAAAGGGAUAGAAAGAAAACAGAACUGUUUAUUGGAAAGUCCUACAGGAAGUGGGAAAAGUCUGGCUCUAUUAUGUUCUGCUCUUGCCUGGCAAACAGCUGAAUAUGAAAAGAAAAGAAAAUCAGAAGAAGCAGAAGCAGCAUUGAUGUCUAAUGAAUCAAAAAAUUGUACAUGUCAGAAAUCAAAGGAAGUAACACCUCCAAACAUUGGCACUGAUGAUGUGCAUUCAACACAGGAUGUGGUCCAGGUGGCUGCUGAACUGAUAUCUGUUGGGGACAGUGAUGACGAUGACUUCAAAGGUUCCUCCACUAAGUUUAAAACACCUGGAAACUCUGAUAAGACAAAAGCUAGGCGGAGCCACCAGAGCAUUGCCUAUGAAACAUCCCCUCCCAUGGGUGAGGAACCAAGCUGUGGAGACAAUAAUGUGUGCUGUGCAUGUUCCUGUAAACAGGAGCCAGUCACUGCAGUGAGGAAAGUACCUAAGAUCUAUUUUGGAAGUAGGACCCACAAACAGAUAACACAGAUUGUACGUGAACUACGCAAGACAGCAUACAAGGAAGCUAGAAUGACCAUAUUAGGCAGUAGGGAACAUACCUGUAUCCACCCAUCCGUGUCCAAGAUGAAGGGAAAGAAUGAAGGCUGUAAGGAACUACUGGAUGGCCCAGGCUGUAAGUUUAAUGACCGAGUCAAGAAAGUGUUUGCCUGCCAGAGCCAAAUCAAAGAUCUAGGACUUACAGAGGCUUGGGACCUCGAGGAUAUCAUUGGUGUUGGCCAGGCAAAAACUGCGUGUCCAUACUAUGGUACCCGUAGUCUGAAGAAGGAUGCAGACAUCAUAUUUUGCCCCUACAAUUAUCUUAUAGAUCCCAUCAUAAGGGAGGCUAUGGAGAUAAAUGUGAAGGACCAGAUUAUCAUCCUGGAUGAGGCACACAACAUGGAGGACGCUGCGCGGGAGGCUGCCAGUCAGACCAUUAAAUGUGACGAGCUGGAGAGAGUGGUGAAGGAAUUGGAUGAAAUGAUUUCCUAUAACCUGAAGACACCAGAACACUUGAGAAUCAGACAGGCAUGCAGUGGUCUUAUCAAGUUCAUGGAGGACAAUGAGGCUAGUCUAGAACAGCAGUCUUAUGACCAGGCAUAUCGAUGUUGGUACGGGUACGACAUUGUAGUUCGCAUGGAGCAGCUGGGGAUAGGGCCGAAACACUAUCCCGAAAUCAAAAUGACAACCAGUUUAUGUUUGUGUUUUUUGAUGUCCUGUAAUUUUGUUGCCAAAAAGAGACAUCAUAGAGUUGCCAUUGUUAAAACAACUUCUUAUGUAUCUAACAGAGACACAGACAACAGCUGGCUUAGCGCGAAAAAAAAGAGAGGAGGUAUGCGGGCAACGCCUGUUACUGUGAACAGUCUCAACUUCUGGUGCAUGAACCCUGGUGUGGCAUUCUCAGAUUUUAAGGAUACACGGAACAUUGUCCUAACCAGUGGAACUCUCUCUCCAAUGUCGUCAUUCGAGUCAGAGUUGGGGGUACCGUUCCCAAUAAAACUGGAGGCCAACCACGUCAUAGAAGAUAAGCAGGUUUGGGUAGGAGCUAUUAGCCAUGGACCAAAAGGUGGAUCCCUGCAGGCAGUCUACAAAACUAUGGAAACCUUUAACUUCCAGGAUGAACUCGGAGAACUGGUGCUCAAAGUCUGUCAGAAAGUCCCACAUGGAGUUCUAAUCUUCCUGCCUUCGUACAAAGCUCUGCAGAAGUUCUCAGAGAGGUGGAAGAAUACUGGGUUAUGGGCAAAAAUUGAAAGAAAAAAGAAGAUAUUAAGUGAACCUCGUGCAUCAGACAAAGUUGAUUUUGAGUCCCUGAUGAAGAAUUUCUACGAUACGAUAGACUGCUGUCAUGAUGAGGAUGAGGGAGACAUUGAUGGGGCACUAUUCAUGGCUGUGUGUCGUGGGAAAGUCAGCGAGGGACUCGACUUUGCUGACAAUAAUGCCAGAGCUGUGAUCACGGUCGGGAUACCUUUCCCAAAUAUAAAAGAUGUUCAGGUGAAGUUAAAGAAAGAGUAUAAUGACAUGCAUAAGAACACACGAGGAUUGUUGUCAGGAGGAGAAUGGUAUGAGAUCCAAGCUUUCAGGGCACUGAACCAAGCCCUCGGUCGCUGUAUCAGACACAGGAAGGACUGGGGAGCACUUAUCUUGGCAGACGAGCGAUUUGUAAGAGACAGUCCCAGGUAUUGUAAAGGUCUCUCUAAGUGGAUGAGAAACAAGGUGCGACCAUACCAGGGAUUCUACACUGCAAUGGAUUCCCUCACCACCUUUACGGAGACCUGCAUCAAAGACAUGCCUAAAGUGGAUCCAAAUAUGUCCUUCAUACCAGGGACACCGGUCACUCCUGGUCAUCCUUCUGAUGUGUCCCAGAUCAUUAUGUCCCCAGUGACCUCCACACCCAUAUCAAAACCAAUUGUUAAGCCAAAGAAGAACUUUUCAAUUUUUACACCAAUCAAAUCAGGCAAAGGAGCUGCCCACCAAUCCAAUCAAAGCUUACAAAGCACCAAUCAAGAGCAAUAUAAGUUGCUUUCACCAACUGAAGUCAAAGGUGAUGCAACACUUAGGAAGGCUUCAGAGAGUCAGCAAGUCAUAAAGGCCCCAGGUAAGGGUCAAAGUUCAACAACUGUCGCACCUACAGUUGCCAUGCAAGGCUCUGUACUGGGACCAGCUUAUGAACAAAUUCUCAAAUUAUUAAAUUCUAAAUUGUUACCGCAAGAUAAACCCUAUUACGUCAUGAUGAAUGAAGGCACUCCCACGCAACAGAUGUUUCUCAUCCAGCCUCCAGACAACCCUGAUAAUAAACAGGACUUAUCAGAUCAAAAUGUAGGGACGAUCAUGUCAACACCAGUCACACCUCACAGAAGUGGUGAUACGAAAAAACAAGCCUCGACCUUACCAAUACAGACAGGCAUGAAAAAUAUUCUUCCCAAACGACUUUCAGAAGUCCAGGGUAAAAGUCAGGUCUCUGAAUCAGCAAAAUUGUCUAAUGUUAACUCAAAUUCUGGAAGCUCAACAGUUGUUACAUCCAAUCACAAUAGUUCUAGCUUCAAUCAGUCUGGUGAUAAAGUGUCUGACAAAAGUGAGAGUGAAAUCAGUGGAAACAAUGAAGAUUCAAAAACUAAAAAAUUCUUUCAGUUUUGUAAAUUGCCAGGAAAGUCAUUUGAAAGUGUGAAAAAAUCUGAGCAAUGUUCGAAUAUUUCUUCUGAUCGACCAACAACUCCUGACAUGUUUGAUGCUGACACACUGGAGGAUACAAAGAACAACAGUGUUCAGGCUGAUGAGGACAAAUCUAUAAAUAAAUCUGUCAAAGACACUGUGAAAUUAGACAAGACACAAGAUAAUGAUGUGAAGAUGAAAUCUGUAGUGCGAAAGCCGAUUUUUCGAAAAACGAAAGACAUUGAAUCUGAAGCAAAGCAGUGGAAAAUCGAGGAGGAUUCCAGUGACAAUGACUUUCAGGUGAAACGGAGGUCUGUGUCAGGAAAUAGUGACUUGGAUUGUCAGGUUAAUAGGUGUAAGGAGGAGGAGGAAGAGGAGGAGAAACCACUUAAGAUCAGGAGACGAGGUACAAAACGCAAAAAUCAUAACCGACCCAACACUAUUUACAGUAAACGCUCCAAAGGAGUCAACUUCCUCGACAGUACGGACAGCUCUAAAGAAAACAAACCUUCUGAUCACACCAGUUUGUCAUGUGCCAAGUGUGGAACAGACCUCAUUCCAAACCUCCAAGAUUAUGAGAAGAGAUGGCAAACUCCUUCCUUCCUCAAAAAUGUGUCACAUCAGAAGAAUGUAGAAUAUAUCUACACUAUGGUUACCAAACCUGACCAGUUUUCACCUGUGGAGGUCAAUGUAGCAGGUGUCACAGUGAAUUCCACCUGGUCGGGCGAGACAGGAUGCUGUGUACAAUUCCUACGCUGCCAGGGCUGCUGUAGAAGAACAAACAGAAGUGAAAAUGUGGAAAUAAUUGGUGCCCGUGUUGUCUGUAUAUCCCAGGACAACAAAUUGUACAGUGUAGGACAGACAUGGCUACUCUCAGCAGAGAUAAAGAUCAAGGCAGGAUGAAAGGCAGCUACAUGUUCAUGUUUUCUGAAGAUACAUUAAUUUUAUCAACAGAGAAAAAUAUUACAGUUGAAAGUUAGACUGAAGGGAAAAUAUUCCCUUGAUGUAGCAGAUGUAAUGAAAUAUCUCUGACAAGGACUUGUUAAUGCAUGCUUACUGAUAAUUUUCAUCUGAAA